UCAUCUUCUUCUCUCUCUUCUCUCGCAAUCACCACCUGCUGUACUCCUGCCCCCCCGAAUUUUUUGGUCUCUUUGAUAUCUUGGACCUUGGCCCCAAAAUCACUCUCCUAUCCGCCGUAUACAUCGGGGUGUUUUUAUCCCCUCUCCUCGCUAAUAUUCAAUUUUUACCCUGCCAUGAGCACGAAAGCUUCAAUGGACGGAGACGCUUGGGAAGAUGAUUGGGAGUCCCAAGCUGAUAAACUAACCGCCGAACCCACCCCGCCUCUACCGGAAAAAAAAGUAUCGUCCAAGGUCACCAAAGCCCAACGAAGAGCCCAGCAGGCUGAGUUCAACCGUCAAUUAUGGGCUGAAGCUGAAUCCCCGCAAACAUUUCACUUUCUCGAAACCCACUCCAGUGUCCCGCUGAAACAGGAGUUUAAACCCACCGUGACCCUCCUCAGUCGGAACCCACAGACCGCGGCUCGGCAAUCAUCGUCACGAGGGGUUGGCGCAGCUGCAGCCGGUCUCGGACGCCUAGAUUUAGGUGCCAACGACGACGACGAUUCAGAUGAGGAUAAGCGAGCAGAACCAACCCCCGAGGAACGCCACGCGAUCGCGUUGCGCAAUCUGGAAGAGAAGCAGCGCAAGUACGAAGAAGCGCGUGAGAGAUUAUUUGGAACACCCUCCGCACCCACAUCCGGGGCGUCUUCACCGCGUAGCGCCACUCCUCCAAAGCACGAAGGCCGGGGUAAAGGAAGGAGUCGAGGGAAUGGGAGGGACAACAAUAACCGAGACAAGAGAGACCAGUCUACCGCAUCUGGGAGAUCGAGACAACUCUACGAUCCAGCAUCGCCUUCCAGACCAAAUGCACCUUAUGUACCGCAGAGAGACAGGCCGCAGAGCGGCGAGAGGAGCGACAAUUCACAAUCCCCGCGGCAACCAAUUCGCAGCCCCAGGGGCCCGGACAGUAGUGGCAGAGGCGGCUUCAGAGCAAAUAGAGGUGCGAAAACAAGCUAGACUACGCGCAAAACAAUUAGAUAAAUUGCUUGCAUCAAACGAUCCAG